CAAUGCCAUCCUCCCUCCCCAUCUACCUAGAUCCAUCCAAACCUCCAAGCUCCAGUCGGUGCCUCAGUGGCCACACACACCCAUCGUUUUCACAAGUUCUUUCUAUCCCUGUCUCUCCCCAAGUCAGUGUGAAUGAUUUAGUGGAGUGCUGAGGAAGAAAUUAGCGUGGCCAUAAUAAAGGUUGUCAAUUCUCCAAGCUUGCACAAGCCUUUUCUCUCCUCCUUCUUUGCCGCAAGAUUACAAAACCUUGUGUUUGUCCUGUUGCCGCCGCUGCCGCUGGCGCUCCUCGCGACUCCAGAGAGGCCGUAGAAAGCAGAUAAGUAGAAACGGAAAGAGAAAGAAAUAAAUAAAGGGUCAAGGCUUUUGGUAUCCGGAGUACCGAUUGAUUAUCCUUUCUCUGCGCUCCCCCCCCUGGAAAAAAUCUUUGCGCUUUCCUGGAGGUGUGCGGGACGAGAAUCCAGGGCUUCUGAAAUCCCAGUCUGGUCCAAGGAGACAGUUAGAUACAGAGAGGAAGUUCUUGAGUCUUCGUUGCUGAAAUGGGUGAGAUGAACCAGCCGCCGCCACCGCCCGUGGGCGUGCCGCCGCCGAUGGGGAUGCAGCCCAUGAUGAACCCGCCUGUCGGCGCCGGCGCCAUGCACCCGCCGCACGAGCAGUUCCACCAUCUUGCUUACUGUGUCCACUCGAAUCCUUCCUGGGUUCAGGUUGCCGCACUUGCAUUCCUCCACUAUUUAGUGAUGCUGGGCUCAACCGUCAUGCUGGCAUCAAUUAUUGUUCCAGCAAUGGGUGGCUCUCCUGGGGACAAAGCUCGUGUGAUUCAGUCGUUCCUGUUUAUGGGUGGUAUCAACACACUGCUCCAGACACUCAUUGGAACACGGCUUCCAACCGUCAUGAACGCGUCCUUCGCGUUUGUUGUCCCUGUGCUGUCUAUAGCCAGAGAAGUAGGUCAACAAGAUUUCCCAAGUAAUCAACAGAGAUUUGUUCACACAAUAAGAACAGCUCAAGGGGCGCUAAUUGUUGCUUCUGUCCUCAACAUGAUUCUUGGAUACAGCACAGUAUGGGGGGCAUAUGCGAAAAAAUUCAGUCCUGUAAUUAUGACCCCUGUUGUUUGUGUGGUCGGUCUUGGACUAUUUCAACUUGGCUUUCCCCAGGUUGGAAAAUGUGUGGAGAUCGGGUUGCCAAUGCUAAUUCUUGCAGUCGUUGUGCAACAGUAUGUGCCACAUUACUUCAGGCAUUUCCAUGAGCGAACAACAUUCUUGUUCGAGAGGUAUUCGUUGCUUCUUUGUAUCACCAUUGUGUGGGCCUUUGCAGCUAUCAUUACUGCUGCCGGUGCAUACAACCAUGUUUCACUCAAGACACAGCAGCACUGCCGCACUGACAAGUCUUACCUUAUGUCAUCUGCACCAUGGAUCAAAAUUCCAUUACCCUUUCAAUGGGGCACGCCUAUCUUCACUCCAGGUCAUUCAUUCGGAAUGAUGGGUGCUGUACUUGUUUCAGCCUUUGAGUCAACUGGUGCACACUUCGCAACUGCACGUCUAGCUGGUGCUACACCACCCCCAGCUCAUGUUCUUAGUCGAAGUAUUGGUUUGCAGGGCAUUGGGAUGUUCCUGGAAGGAAUCUUUGCCGCUCCGUGUGGUUCAUCUGUAUCAGUGGAAAACAUUGGGCUUCUUGGAUUAACCAAAGUUGGAAGUAGGAGAGUGAUCCAGAUAUCAACUGGAUUUAUGAUAUUCUUCUCCAUAUUUGGAAAGUUUGGUGCGUUCUUUGCAUCAAUUCCAUUGCCAAUCUUUGCAGCAAUUUACUGCAUCUUAUUUGGUAUUGUAGCUGCCGUGGGAAUCUCUUACGGACAAUUUGUAAACAAAAACUCCAUGAGGAACAUCUACAUAAUUGGACUAUCCUUGUUCCUUGGCAUCUCGAUCCCUCAGUACUUCUCUGAAUAUACCGCAUCUGCUGGCAGCGGACCUGCCCGAACAAAUGCAGGAUGGUUCAAUGACAUCAUAAACACGGUGUUUGCUUCUGGCCCAACGGUGGCGCUGAUGGUUGCAUCUCUUCUGGAUAACACACUGGAGGUCAGGGGCCACGAGUCCGACCGAGGGCUCUCAUGGUUCAUGCCAUUCCUGCGGCGUCGGAAAGGGUACUCGGAUCCUAGAAACGAGGAGUUCUACAAGUACCCGAUCAGGGUGCAUAGUUUGAUCCCGAGCCGCUUUCACUGAUUCUGGAGGGGGCUUUGCUGUUACCUUGUGCCGCUGAGCAUGUAAAUCCUUUGUUCUUGUUAGCCUUACUCCUGUGAUCUUUAGUAAUUGGCGCUGUCACAGGUUCGACUUAGCGGGAUAUGGUACAAGAAAGUUUAGGACUUCUGUUUUACUUUUUUUUUUCCUGCCGUUUGGGUUAAGCAUUUGUUGGUUACAUGACAUCGUGAUGUAGAGUCCUAUAUCUGGGUGUAUGUUCUUGGGAAAAAUUGCUAAAUGACAGUACCUUGUUAAUUACCGGGCCAGCGAUGUUUAUGAAUUUUCUGGCAUGCAUUGGUUUACGA